CAGGUCACACCUGUCGUGAACUCCCAGUCACCACAGUCAUGUCAUACUGGCAGCACCUCCCUCUUCCCAGAUUCUGUCCCACGGCAGCUCUGCUUGCGGCUCUUCGUGUUUCCUUCUGGUGAGGAGCAAUGAACCAGCCGCUCAACAGCCGACCCAUCAUCGGGGUGUUGGCAAAUGAAGCCAGUAAAGAGAGUCAGGCUACAAGGGGCUAUUCCUACAUCCCUGCUUGCUAUGUGAAAUUCCUGGAGGCAGCCGGGGCCAGAGUCGUACCGGUCAGAUUAAAUCUCUCAGAAGAAGAAUAUACCAAGAUAUUCAACUCAAUAAACGGGUUUGUGCUGCCGGGAGGAUCUUCCAAUCUGCUGGAGUCGCCCUACAGUCGAGCCGCCGGUAUAAUGUUCAACUUGGCUCUGAGGGCCAACGAUGCCUCAGACUACUUCCCCAUCUUGGGAUUUUGUCUGGGCUUCGAGAUGCUGACUGUCUUAACAGCGAAGGAACACCUGCUCUCGCUCACUGACACCAGGGGUGUGGCUCUGCCGCUCGACCUCACACCAAUGGCCCGUUCCAGCCGUCUGUUUCAGAGUUUCCCCAAAGAUGUGCUGAGGUCUCUGACCGAGGAAAACAUCUGCCCCCACUUCCACAAGUGGAGUCUGUCCACCGAGAGCUUCAACGGGAAUUCCAGGCUACAGGAGUUUUACAAGGUCCUGUCGACGAACCACGAUGGGAAGCAAGAAUUCAUCUCCACUAUCGAAGCCUACCAGUAUCCAAUUUAUGGAUUACAGUGGCAUCCGGAGAAAACCCCCUUCGAGUGGAUCGACAAACCGGGGAUGAUUCACUCCACCGCUGCAAUAAGAGUCUCCUUCUACUCUGGCAGCUUCUUCGUCUCUGAAGCCAGGAAGAGCACCCAUCGUUUCCCGAGUCAGGAGGAGGAAGAGAGAGCGCUCAUCUACAACUUCUCUCCCAUCUUCACUGGCAAUGGGUCCAUCUUCAUGCAGAUCUACUACUUUGAUUGAUGCGGAACCCGUCACUGGAGGGAAAUCUCAAACCUGAUGGAGUCAGUGACAUUGAAACCUGAAAUGUAACAAUUAGCAACUUUAGCUGAUUUGCUCAGUAUUAUGUGAAUGCUGUAAAAAAUAAAAGAAGAAGAAAGUUAAAUAAAAGGAUUCUGAGACAAAGAAGGAAAGAAGUUUGAAAAUCAGGUAAUGAAAAACUCAAAGAGCAGACGAAGACAAACACCAAAAAUCCAAAUACACAAAACUCAAACAAAAAGGAAACUGCACGUCCGCAACAAAAGUUUCUUGUUUGGAAAGGUUGAGAAUGAAUGUGUUUAUUAGACUGAGCUCCAAUGAUUUUGACAAGCCUGUUACCUGAAGACAAACAAGUUACUGACACAAAAAAAGAACAAUCUAAAAUUAUGAAUCCUAAACUUGUCCUUUUAUCAAUUAUUUCGCCGGAUGACAUCUUCAUUAAAAAGUCAAACCAUCCAGCUUCCUUGGUUGGGAUCAAUUUCUGUACUGGUAUUGCCCCUGAGGUCAAUAAUAUUGUUUCACAUACACAAACACAUUCAUAAAAUACUCAAACUCGUCUAUAACCCAGUAACAGUCAAACCACAGCAGCAACAUUAACUGGUGAAAUAAACUUUUAUUGUGAUAGGGUAAGUUCAUGGUGAUGACUAAUGAGUUAUUGCAGCAGGUGUUCCAAAACCACGAGCUACUUAGAAAGUAAAACCUGUUCUUACUCGGUCCCUCCAUGACCGACUGGAAGUCUAAAGGAAUACAAUAAUAAUAAAUAUUCUGGAAUGCA